AUGGCGCCACCAAGACUUUCUCUCUGUUUGUUUGGGGCUGCUGCUGCCUGUUGCAUGCAUCUGCUGCAUGCGGUGGAGGGGAUCCGCAGGCUUGAGCGUGAGUCUCCUCUUCACUCUGUGUCUGCUGCUGCUGCUGCUGAUGCUGCUGAUGCUGCUGCUGCUGCUGCAGCAGUUGCUGCUGUAGAAGAGACAGAUACACUUCUCGCAACUGAACAAACAAAAGACAGAAAUAAAGAGGGCAGCAGCAGCAACAGCUCGCUGCUGCUGCAGCAGCAGCAGCAGCAGGAGCUGCAGCAGGAGCUGCAGCAGGAGCUGCAGCAGGAGCUGCAGCAGGAGGAGGAGACAGCAGCAGCAGGAGAGGGGGCCCCCAGGGGGGCCCCCUAUGCUAGUAAUAAUAUAAAGACAAAUGGAUAUUCUUUUUUCUUUGAUGACGAUGAAGAAGAAGAAAAAGAAGAAAAAGAAAAAGAAGAAGAAACAGAAAAAAAUUUAAAUAAAAAAGAAAAAAAAAAUAAUAAAGAAAAUGAUGUGAAAGAGAGACUCAAACAAAGAGCAAGAGAUGCAAGAGAUAGGAUCGAUAAGGUCUCUUUAUUUAUAUAA